AUGUAUAUCGGCACCUGUGCUGUCGCAGGACGGGCAACUCAAGAAGUGACGCCAGUCGCUGCCGCUGCCACUGCCGCCACCACCACCGCCGAGGUCACCGCUACCGCUGCCGCCGCCGUUGCCGCCGCCGCCGUUGCCGCCACCACCGCUACCACUGCCACUGCCGCCACCGCCAUCGCCGAGGUCGCCGUUACCGCUGCCGCCGCCGUUGCCGCUACCGCCGCCGCCACCGCCGCCGCCGCUGCCGCCGCCGCCGCCGUUGCCGCCACCAUCGCUGCCGCUACCGCCGCCGCCACCGCCGCCGCCGCUGCCGCCGCCGCUGCCGCCGCUGCUACCUCUGAGGCCACUGCCGCCGCCGCCGCCACCGCUGCCGCCGCCGCUGCCGCCGCUGCUACCUCUGAGGCCACUGCCGCCGCCGCCGCCGCCGCCGCCGCCGCCGCCGCCGCCAAGGGCGCCGCCGCUACAUAUGGAAUUAGAGGUUGGUCACAAGUUAAAUAUGCAUUUAGAUUUAAAUAUCAAGGAGGUUCAUUACUGGAAUAUGCCACAAAAAAGGAAAGAUCAUUACUAGAAAUAAAUAAAGAAAUAGACACACAGACAAUGAUAAAUCUUAUAGUAAUGGGCUUACCCAAUGAUAUAAUAUACAAGAUGGAUAAGGAAUCAAUAAUAUCAACUGCUAAUCUUUAUAAUGAAAUUGAAGAAGAGUUUACAAUGGAUUUGAGUCAUUUAAAUAAUCAACAAAGAUCUGAAAUAAAUAAACUAAUUGAUAAAUAUAAAUCAAGCUUUGCAAAAGAUAAAUAUGACAUUGGAACAGUAAAAGACUACGAUGCACGCAUUGAUCUGAAAGUGGACAAAUACAGUAGUAAAAGGCCAUACAAAUAUUCAAUAAAGGAUAAGUGA